AUGUCUGUUCUAACAAAUGGAGACCAUCUCUCUUUCGGAGACAGAAAUAUCGGCUUAACCACAGUCGAUCACUGGCUUAAACACAACGACCAUGUUUUAAAAGGAGACAUUAUCGGCGUAACUGACAAUAACACAUCAAUAACGAAAAAUUGCAUCAUAAAAGUCAAUCAGACAGCGUGCAACGAUUUCAGUGAUAGCACUGACCAACUAAAACAUCGAACAAGGCACAUUAAUUAUUGGAAAUGCGAAUUAGAAAGAGCUAUACGAGAUAUCGAAUCAGAAUUAAGUGUCAUAGAAACUCAGAGACAACAGUUGAAAAACGCAAUGGACACAUUAAAAAUUCCAGAAUACAUUACAGAAGAAUGUUUGAAUUUAAGACGCAAUAGAAUGCAGUCUGACAUGGUGUACGAUGAACCACAAGACGCGUUGUUUAAGGAGUCUGUUUUAAUACAGAACAUUAAACAACUUCACCGAGACAUGCUAAACGAGAUUGAGAGUCAAAUCAAAAUGAAUGUAGCAGCGAAGAACUCUCUAGAACGCGACUGGAGCGAUAAGCUUCUGGCAUUCAAGUAUGAAGCGCACAAUUCCGAUCUAGCAACAAAAUCCGUUAACGUCAAAGACUCCGCUGGCGCUACGCGGCUAUCAGAUGGACAAUCAGACGUACAGUUGUGGGAACAAUACACGAUAAAUGCAUUAAAUCAAUUUAAAAUAGCUAUCGACAAGUCUAAAGUAUUGCGGCAAAGAGUAGAUGCGGUAUUGAUAAAUUCAUCACGCGAUCUACGUACACAUGAUAUAUCAGUUAAUAAAGCGUUGAGCGAACGAAUCGCCCGUACUGAUCAAGUUAGGAUCGAACUAGAAAAUCAGUUGAAAUUGACGUUACAGAAAAUUGUUGAAACUGAAAAUAUUAUGGAGACUUUGCAUGAGGAAAUGUUGAAGGUAACACAAAGGAUUCAAGUGGCCCAAACGCGGCUGAACGUGAAGAAUUGCCGACCGAACGUAGAGAAUUGCCGCGAAGGAUCGCUCAUAGGAUUAAUCGACGAAGUUAGAGAUUUGAACAACAGUAUGAGUUUAUUGAAAACACGUAGUUUGGAAACUGAGAAAUUAAGAGCGAAGUUAAUACACGAGAGAUCUAUGUUGGAAAAUGAAAUUAUUGUCAAGAAGAAGACGGUCUACAUCGACGAUCAACGGUGUCUGUUUUUAAGGUCACAUUUUCAAUCAGCCGAAAAGCUUUGUGGAUUUUAAUUGUAUCAAAUAUGUUUUUGAUCUGUUGAUUGAUAAAAGGAGAUUACCUAAUUAUAUCAGCAUA